GCCAGGGAGCAGCCCUCGGAGGCAAGCGGCCCAAGGCCAGAGGAGAAGAGGGAAGUCAAGCCGGAAGAAGAAGCAAAGCAGGAGACUGCUGAAGCGCCCGCCGUACCUCGGGCAAAGGCUCUUCCCAAAGCCAUGUCGGUCAUGACGAAGGUAAACUUCGUCGCCGGCAGGAAGGGCAGCCUGGCGGUCAGCUCGGGCGUUGACGGUGCUGCACUGGGGGAGGUGGGUACCUCGGCCGCCCGCAAGAGGCGGGAGGCGCGAAACCAAAAGAAGGCUGCGAAGAUGCCAACUCUACAGGAAGAUGCGGCAGGAGACGGCGGCUGA